GCCGUGGGCGCGUCGGUGCCUAGUUGCAACCCUUGUUCGAGUUUAACUGAAUUGACGACUUUUAACCCUGGGCGCGUCUGGAGUGUACGUGUUUUGCUCUCGUUUGCAAGGCUAUGCCUUCAUGCUACAUGUUAGGCAAAGAUUGGGGAGCGUUUUUUUUUUAAAAAAAAAAAACUUGUACUACUAUUACCUUGAUAGGCUCUUCAAAACUUAAUAAAAGCUUCUAUUAUCGGAGAAUGAAACAUAAAUAAUGGAGGUUCUGAUUUUGCAUGCGUGAACUUAAUGGUAUGGGUACCGUAUGGACUUGGCAUUCGUAUAUAGAUGUUCAAAAACCAAAUGGAGACAUCUAUGGAGAUCAUGCCGAGCACAAAACAUGGACCUUCGAACAAUUCAGUGCCCGCUUACAGCUAUUAGACAAAUAAUGUUGUUUUUAGAGUGGCGUGUUUACAUGUACAGCUUAAUAUAUGCGGAUGUAAAUGAGGCAUCACGAUCACCAAUUCACCAUGCAGCUGUCUCCAUUUCCUUUUUCAGAUUACUUGCCGCCACGAUCUGUUCGCCUUGAUUUUUCCCACAUUUUUUUUUUCUGAAUUCAAACUGCCAGUUUGGGUCAACUCGAUCAUUUUUCGGGUCCUCUAAACAAGCCAAUUAUUCCCGAAUCAGAACCAUUCUGGCAUUCCGCGUAUCUUGAACACUUUUGUCCCCAUCCUCAGUGAAGCACAUCUAAGCGUGUUUUUUUUUAAUGUCUGAAACUUGUUCAGAUUUUUGUAAGCAAAACACUCUCCUCGAAUGGCACCUAGCCAGCUACCUGAGCUGUAUCAAAAAACUGUUAAGUUUUUGUCACAAUGGCCAUACAAAUACCCAUUAGCCUGAUGCCAUCCAGCCAUCCACCUACGUGCAUUCAACCAAGACCAACCCUCGAUCAGUCACUCCUGCUCUCCUUACUGUACUUACACACACUGUUGCUGGCACCUCGAUCGGUCGGUCCGUCCUCGCACAAUGUCGCAAGCAGAGCUGGCCGCCUGGCUAGAGUCCCAAGACGCGCACUGGUGCUCGCAGUACCAACCGGCGCCGGCGCCGGCGCUGGACGAGGAGUCGGAGAUCGUGGCGCAGUUCCUGGCGGCGCCGUACCCGUACCAGCUGAACGACGACGGCGGCCAGGAACAGCAGAAGCGCCACCACGAGCUGGGCCUGGGCGUGGUCAGUGCCACCACCAGCGCAACGUACUGUCCAGAGCCGUGCAACGUCACUGGACCCGGCGCCGCCGACGCCAGCAACAGCAACAGCAGCGCCAGAGGCACUGGGGCGUACUUCGAUAGCAGCGGCUGCACGCUCGUCGACGACCUGAUCCCAGCAGAACCUUCGCCGCCGCAGCCGAAGCGGAAGGUCCGGGCUAGCCGGGACGGAGAAGAUCUUGGACGGCACAAGAAGAAGAGUCGCGCCUCGGAUAAUAAGCAUGAAACGAAGGCUGCGUCCGAAACGUCGCAGAAGUGUAGUCAGGAGAGUUCGCAACAAAGCAGAGGCAGCUGCUCGGGCGACGAGUCCAAUUACUCCGACGUGAACCGCCGCUCGGGGGCUCACGGCGGCAGCGGCGGCAAUGCUAAGGCCCAGGCAGCCAAAGGGUCGGCGACCGAUCCCCAGAGCCUCUACGCAAGGAGAAGAAGGGAAAGGAUCAAUGAGAGGCUCAAGAUUCUUCAGAAAUUGGUGCCUAAUGGAACCAAAGUUGACAUCAGCACCAUGCUGGAGGAGGCAGUUCACUACGUCAGGUUCCUGCAGCAGCAGAUCAAGAUGCUGAGUUCUGAUGAGAUGUGGAUGUACGCCCCCAUCGCCUACAAUGGCAUGAGCCUAGGAAUCGACAUGAAGAUCUCUCCUCAGUGAUCGACUUGAGUAGCUUGUUUACCAUGUCUGAAGAUUCAAGAGCUGCGCGAAAUAUUGAGAGCAGAAAAUAUUUACCACUGACGAAAUUACAGUCUACUUUUACCUUCAACUAGGGCUUGCCGCUGUCUCGCAGUGGGGUCACCAACUCACCAUCGUCCGUGAGAACUGAGAAGCAACUUUUACGUCAUUUUCUUGCUGGAGACACCUGCUCUUUUCGGCUCCUCUUUACCGGAUCAUCUUUUCACGCUUCGCAUAGGAUCCUCAUUAAAAGGGCUUGAACUUCUCCGAGCAAGAAGAAGCCAUAUUUUCGUAUUUUAGUGGUUCGACUUCUAGUUCUAAAACGGCUUUGUCUUUACCCUUUAUCAUCUUGGUUUUAGAUUUAGAAGCCAUUUUUAUGUAUGCUUAUUUAGUACUCCCUCCGUCCAGAAAAAAUCAAUUCUCAGAAUCCGUACCAGUCAAACUUUUUAAAGUUUAACUAAUUUUAUAGAAAAGAGUAACAUCUAUGACAUAAAAUACGCAUCAUAUAAAAAUAUAUUUUAUGAUGAAUCUAAU